AUUUAAGAAGCCAUAGAGGUCCCUGAACCCCACCUUUGGAAAUCACGUGGUUAAGGCAAUUAAAGAAAGGUGCCAUACCAAGACAACGUGUGGGCGGGAUGAAAUUGCGCGUUAUCCUCAAGAGUUGGGCUUCGAUAUAGAAAAAAUUGCCCAACAACCUUUAGGCUGCCAGACUUUGUGUAAAAAGCUAAGAUGCCAAAUGGCGUAAUGAGAAUGAUGCUACCGAGUCUGAAAGCAGUGCGUUAGUGGUCCUGAUGAGAGAGCACACUGCUUGCGACAAAAGACCGGAGAGACCAGAGUGAUCCGCUGUGCGCGUCAGGGCGCACAGGAGAACCGCAUAUGCAUGUCCUGCGUGCUCUCCUCCUUUUAAUGGGUGGCUUCGAGCCGCUGAGGUGCAUGACGGCGAGAAGACGAUGAGGAUAACGCGCGAACAGGAGCAUCAGACAUUCAGGAGUCUGAUUUAGCUCGCAUGUUUUUGGCGAGGGAGGAACAUUUGUUCACAUGCUCCGUGUCUAAGUACCAGCGACGGGCAGGCAGCACCAUCCAAACUUCUGUUUCAUCCGCCUUCAGUUGUCUAUUUUCUCCAUCUUUACUUGCGUCCCGUUACUGUUUCCAUCCAGGACUAUGCUGUUAUUUAUUUUGAUACCCACACGGGCGAAUUUCCCGGAUAGUCGAGUUUGUCCGUAAGGAUUGUCCAUCCACCGCUGCCUUUGUCUGUGCUUUAAUCGGGUAUUUUCCUCCCACAGUUUGUCCUUGUUUUUUCUUUCUUUCUUUUUGUCGUCGGUUUUUCUUUAAGAUAGAAGCCUAUUAAUUUUUAAUUCUUAUGCAUCUGCACGAAGACGGUACCAGGGAAGAGAAAGAGUCACACCAGAGGGGGAGAGAAGGAGGCGAGUGAGGAGAAAAAGCAGAAUGAACGAGACACACUGAGCGGUCAAGAGAAGGGGAGAUCGGAGGAUUCUAGGAUCACCCCUGGGGGAGGGUGUGAGCAUAGGAAAGUGCCACCCCACUCACCUGUGCCUGCUGACAGCCUCUAAGCCGAAGCAUCUUGUGCUCAACCUCAAACAUGGCUCUGGCAGUCUGGAUCCUCCUCACCUGUGCCGUGGCUUUCAGCAACAUUUCUCCAUCAUCACAGGCUUUGGGCCGCUCAAUGAUGCCUUUUGGCUUGAUGCGCCGGGAACUGGCAUGCGAAGGCUACCCAAUUGAGCUGCGCUGCCCUGGAAGCGAUGUCAUCAUGAUCGAAACAGCCAACUAUGGCCGCACCGAUGACAAGAUCUGCGACGCCGACCCCUUUCAGAUGGAGAAUGUGCAGUGCUACCAGCCAGACGCCUUCAAGAUAAUGUCGCAGAGGUGUAAUAAUCGCACUCAGUGUGUGGUGGUUGCAGGGUCAGACGUGUUCCCAGACCCCUGCCCGGGAACCUACAAGUAUUUGGAGAUCCAGUAUGAGUGUGUCCCCUACAAAGUGGAUCAAAAAGUAUUUGUGUGCCCGGGAACUCUGCUGCGGGUGCAGGUACCCAGCUCGCAAAAAGAGGCAGAGCACCAGGCAGGGGCGUGGUGUAAGGACCCGCUGCAGUCUGGAGACCGCCUUUAUGUUAUGCCCUGGACCCCCUAUCGAACUGACAUGCUGUAUGAAUAUGCCUCCUGGGAAGAUUUUAAACAGAACCGAGCUACAACCAAUUACAAGUUGCCGAACAGAGUGGAUGGUACGGGGUUUGUUGUGUACGACGGCGCAGUAUUUUACAACAAAGAACGCACACGGAACAUCGUCAAGUAUGACCUCAGGACAAGAAUAAAGAGUGGGGAAGCUAUUGUCACUAAUGCCAACUAUCAUGACACCUCGCCAUACCGAUGGGGCGGGAAGUCAGACAUUGACCUGGCUGUGGAUGAGAAUGGCCUCUGGGUGAUUUACGCCACCGAAUCCAACAACGGACGUCUGGUGGUCAGUCAGGUGAACCCUUACACUCUGCGCUUUGAAGGCACCUGGGAGACAAGCUUUGACAAGCGGAUGGCAUCCAAUGCCUUCAUGGCCUGUGGGGUUCUGUAUGCGGUGCGGUCCGUUUACCAGGAUGAUGACAGUGAAGCAGGUGGCGACCUGGUGAUGUAUGCCUAUAACACCAACCGUGCCCGUGAGGAGCCUGUCAACAUCCUUUUCCCCAACCCCUAUCAGCACAUUUCCUCUGUGGACUACAACCCACGAGACAACCAGCUCUAUGUGUGGAACAACUAUAACGUUCUACGCUACCCGCUGGAGUUCGGACCACCGGACCCCACCACUGGCCCUUUGACCACCACUCAAGUGACCCCCACUCCUCCGGCUAAGCCUUUCACCCUUAGUCCCAGCCCCUCCACUGCACGGCCCCUUUCCCCCACCUCACGGCCCAUCGGUUCCAUCAACAAGCAUCCUGAUCUUCGGCCAAUCACAGCCACCGUGCCUGUCACCCGCUGGCCGCCACACCCUCCUGAGGGUCCAGAGCGGGAGUUCUGUGAAGCUAAAAUGGACCGCGGCGUUCAGUGGCCAACAACACAACAAGGAGAAAUAGUGGACCGUCCAUGUCCCAAAGGGUCAUUAGGCAUUGCUUCAUUUCAGUGCUUGGCGGAUCAGGUCAUAUGGAACCCAAGGGGUCCUGACCUGAGUAACUGCACGUCCCCAUGGGUCAGCCAGGUUGCCCAAAAGAUUAAGAGUGGAGAGAAUGCUGCCAACAUCGCGGGUGAGCUGGUAAACCACACGCGAGGUCGCAUUCAGGCUGGUGAUGUAAGUUCCUCCGUGCGACUGAUUGAGCAACUGCUUGAUAUCCUGGACGCUCAGCUUCAGGCCCUCAAACCUGGAAACAAGGAGUCAGCCGGACGAAACUUUAAUAAGUUCCAUAAGCGAGAGCGGACCUGUCGGGCUUAUAUCCAGGCGGUGGUGCAAACAGUGGACAACUUGCUGCGUCCAGAGGCUAAGCAGUCAUGGCAGGACAUGAACAGCACGGAGCAGGCUCACACUGCCACCAUGUUACUAGAUGUUCUGGAAAAAGGAGCUUUCCUGCUGGCCAACAACAUGUACGGGAAUGAUUUCUCCGACAGAGCUCCCAGUGUUGAUCUUCAGGUGCGUGUUGUCAACACAGAGGUGGACUUCCAGGACUUGUAUUUCCCACUGAAGAAUUAUGCCAGUGAAAGCACCAUCCAGCUUCCGGCCUCCACCAUCAAACAGUACAGUCGCAACGGGCAAGUGAAAGUGGUUUUCAUUCUGUAUAAAAAUCUGGGGGACUUCCUGUCAACCGAGAAUGCCACAGUGAAGAUGGAACUGGAAGGAUCAAACCAUGACAAGAAGCGCCUGGCAGUCAACUCUGAUGUACUAGCAGCUUCAAUCAACAAAGAGUCUAACCGAGUAUUUCUCACAGAGCCAGUGGUCUUUACACUCAAACAUCUACGGAUGGAAAAUUAUCACACUCCAAAUUGUUCCUUUUGGAAUUACUCUGAGCGUACAAUGACAGGGCAGUGGUCCUCGCAGGGCUGCAGGCUAUUGGGGACCAACAGUACACACACCACCUGCUCCUGCAGCCACCUCACCAACUUCGCCGUGCUCAUGGCUCACCAUGAGCCCAAGCGUCGAAUGCAUGAACUUAUCCUUUUUGUGAUCACCUGGGUGGGCAUUGUCAUCUCCCUAGUGUGUCUAGCCAUCUGCAUCUCCACUUUCUGCUUCCUGCGAGGUCUGCAGACUGACCGCAACACAAUCCACAAGAACCUGUGCAUCAAUCUUUUUAUCGCUGAGCUGAUCUUCCUCAUCGGCAUCAACAAAACUGAAUACCACAUUGCCUGUCCCAUCUUUGCUGGCCUUCUGCAUUUCUUCUUCCUGGCUGCCUUCUCUUGGAUGUGUCUGGAGGGUGUGCAACUCUAUCUUAUGCUCGUGGAGGUCUUUGAGAGCGAGUACUCGCGCAAAAAGUACUACUAUCUGUGUGGCUACUGCUUCCCGGCACUGGUGGUGGGCAUCUCAGCAGCCAUAGACUACCGGAGCUAUGGGACCAAGAAAGCAUGCUGGCUGCGAGUGGAUAACUACUUCAUCUGGAGCUUCAUUGGACCUGUUUCAUUUGUUAUUAUGCUCAACCUAAUUUUUCUCCUGAUCACCCUCCAUAAGAUGAUCCGCAACUCUUCGGCGCUCAAACCUGAUUCUAGUCGCCUGGAUAACAUAAAGUCAUGGGCUUUAGGGGGCAUUGUCCUGCUGUUCCUGCUUGGGCUAACAUGGGCCUUUGGCCUGCUUUUCAUCAAUGAGAAAACAGUCAUUAUGGCCUAUCUGUUUACCACCUUCAAUGCCUUUCAGGGAAUGUUCAUCUUCAUCUUCCACUGUGCUCUACAGAAGAAGGUCCAUAAGGAGUACAGUAAAUGUUUGCGUCAUUCCUACUGCUGCAGCCGGACUUCCUCCAACAGUUCCCACGGGUCCCUGAAGAACUCAGGCCUGCGUUCCAACAACCGCUACUACAGCGGCAGCCAGGCUCGCCACGCAGCGGCUCACAGACAGAGUCGGAUCCGUAGGAUGUGGAACGACACGGUUCGAAAGCAGACAGAGUCUUCCUUCAUGGCAGGAGACAUCAACAGCACCCCGACACUCAACCGUGGGACCAUGGGUAACCACCUUCUGACAAACCCGGUGCUGCAGACUCGCACCGGUACUUCUCCUUACAACACUUUGCUCGCUGAGAGCUUCACCCCACCCUCACCUGGCGUCUUCAACUCCACCGGAUGCACGGGAACCUUCCGAGACCCCAAAAGUACGCUGUCCAAACCCCGUGAUACCUGUGGAAUGGAAACCCUUCCCUUGAAUGGCAACUUUAACAACAGCUACUCGAUGAGGAGUGGCCCAUCAGGUGGAGGUGGGGGCAGCUGUGACUUCCUAGGUGGUGGAGGUGGAGAUGCUCCUCAGAACAUGUUUAAUCACCGCAGCGUGGAGGCCCUGGGAGGUGACGGUACCCGAAGAAACCUCUCUGAUGCAGCAGCCUUUGAGAAAAUGAUCAUCUCUGAACUUGUGCAUAAUAAUCUUCGAGGAGGUGUCGGUGGCGGUGCUGGAGGCGAUGUGGAAAGAGCAUAUGGCAGUCUCGCCAGGGGCCAUCUUCACAGUGGAAUUAGUCGGGGGACAGUUGUGGCUGGGCCAGACUCUUCUGUGAGUAUGGAUGAGGAAGAGGAUUUUCUGAGAGAAGGACGGCAGCGAACGCCACAGGAUGUAGAGCUGCUUUAUAAGGCUCUGGAGGAACCCCUGCUUUUGCAGCGUGCGCAGUCAGUCCUCUAUCAGAGCGAUCCAGAGGAGUCUGAAAGCUACACUGCUGACCUCACAGAGAGUCUGGGCCACAGUGGCCACAGCGGUCAAAGUGGUGGUGGGCAGGGGAGCAACAGAGCACCAGAUUCCCCCGCCCAUGACUCCCUGUACACCAGCAUAACCAAUCUGCGAGACUCACCUUACCCCGACAGCAGUCCUGAGCCCCUGGAGGUGGUGCCUCGCUCGGCUCAGCCCCCUGAGGAGUUGUACUACAGCUCUGGGAGGCCUGCACUAUGUUCUCGUGGGGCUCCAAUGCAGACCUUCUUCCAGGCCCCACCUCCAAGGAGGCCAAGUGGGGAGGGACACCAGGCUCAGGAGCCUGCCCAGAAUGAGGGAGAUGGACAGAUGCAGCUGGUCACCAGCCUGUGACUGGAGCCUGAAAGAGGAAGCUGGAGACCGACGUGAUGGCCUGAGCCUCCUCUUAGCCUGCCCCGUUCUCGUGUGUCUCCACUCUCUGCUUGUUUGGUUGCCUUUCUUUCUCUCAAUUUUUAUUUAACUAACAUAUGAGUAAACAGACUGACCUUCUGGGGAGCCGUAGCUGACUCUACAGAAGCAGCCUUUAUCAUCAAACCAUUGGGGAUGAGGGACGGGUGUUUUUCUGCAGAGCUCUUCACCAGCUCUGUUCAGCCCUCCCCAGUUCCUUUAGUUCCCUAAGGCCAAGUCCAGCACUCUGAAUGUACCAACCCCCACCCCCUUUACCUUUGGAUGUUUCAAAACUUUAAAACUUUAUGGACGUUUUUUUAUUAAAUUCUCAUCAGACCUUCCUCUGGAGAUGAGGAUAUUUUAUAUUCUGUCUCAUUUCCCUUUCUUAUAUCCACUGGUCUUUUUCGAGUUAUCAUAUGAUAGGGAUAGGGAUAUAGUACACUACUAUUACCUAAAUAAAUGUCAAAGAAAAUCCUUCAUUGUUGCCAAAAAUAUAUUUUAUUGAGCCAGAACAGAAGACAAACACACUCACACACAUACAUCCAGAAGUGCUUGUUUUUUUGGAAAUCAAAAGUGAAGACAGUUUUCUUCAAAGAAAAAAGGAGCAAGAGCUUUUGUUCCAAGCAGGCAGUGGGAGCUGAUUUCUUGUAGUUGCCUUUAUUUUUCUCUUGCUGUGAAUUGAUGACUGUACAGAGAAUGAGUGGAGAUGGAGACAGAGACCGAGGAGGCGCUGCAACACCCGUCCACCACAGGAAAGUCCACAUUGAAAAGACUGGGCCGCGCUUUCCACUCUGCUCCGUGGCUGUUUGCUUUAGGCGUUUGGAAAAUUAAAUGACUGACCUGUUUUUUGUUUGAAGAUGGUAUUCAAUCUGUUGUCUGGUUUUACAUCCUGCAGCAGCAAACAUGGAUUGGGGUGGCCCCCUGCCCUUGUACUUUGCUGUUAGAGCCUAGGCAGUUGAACUGGACUUUUUUCUUAUGUGUUAUUGUGACAAAGAAGACUGUAACCGUCACAAACGCACGGCUGACCAAUUGGUAUAACUGUGUACAUAAGAACCACCAAAUCUACUUUACUCCUACAGUGUAAAUAGAGACACCAGAUGAUCAAAAGCAACAAAAGUAAUAAAUGCUACUGUAUGAAAAAAAUGACUUCUUGUACUACAACAACCCGACGUAAGAAGAGAAUAAAAUGUAUUGGAGCCUGUGACCUGAAUGAAAACACUAUCUCUCUGUCCCCUGUGACUUAAUCUCUCACGCUUUCUUCUUUUUUUUUAUUAUUAUUAUUGUUUGUUCCAGUUUGUGUUUUUAUCUGCAAUUUUUUUUCAAUGGUCCAUUGAGGAGAGUACAGCAAAUAUGGAUAAAGAGGGGAAGAGAAAAAGGAUUUGUUCAUACAAAUUGAAGGACAGUGGUUUCGUGGGAUAAAAUCCAUAACCUGUUUGACAUUCCUUGGGUUUCCAAAAGCAGUGAGAGGAGGUGGUGCGGGGCAAGUGAGAUAAGUGUUGUGCAAUGUCAUUCUAAGCCUCACGAGCAUGGUUUUGGGCGGGCAACAGCAUCUACUGGAGUGAUUUGUUUUACUCUUGUAUUAUUUGGAAAAUAUGCCAAGCUUACAUACUUUUAACGAUAUGGGUUUUAAGCAUGUAUGGUAUGACCUUUGUUUUGCUAUCAGAGAAUAUUGCAUUUUGCUGUUUCUUAAAAAUAGUUUCAGCACUACUCCAGAGACUGAUGUGACAACUAAUUUUUUCCAGUGUGCAUGUAAGUAUGAAUGUAACUGUGAGCCUGACUGGGUGUGCUGUCUGUGAAAGUGUUACUUCUGUGCGUGCAGACAUCUUGAAAAUACUCCCCCCCCCCAUGAUAUGACUUGAAUGCACAUCACACAAGGAGGGAUACUUAUCUUUACCAUGACUUUUCUGCUUCAAAUAGAAGCUGUUUUACUGCUGCAGCAAGAGGAAGAAAUCCCUCAUGCGACAUAAGUUAACACUUAUAUGACAGAUAGCGAGUUUGACUGAUCAGAGGGGAAUGUUUCCAAUAUGCCACCUUGGGCUAGCAACAUUGGCUGCAAAAGGUCUUUCCAGCUGUCAUGCAGCUGGGAAGAUUUACCUCCUGUAAUGCUUAUUUAUCCCUGUGGUUUAUCUAUUAGUUUGCCCUUUAUUAUCCAUCCUCUAAUGUCAAAAUCCUGGAUAUGUGGACACAACGUGAGCAGAAAAUAGAUCCAUCGGUUGGUGUGUGUGUGUGUGAAAUUUGUCAAGGCUUGUGUGUCCCACUUCUAAGAGAGCCCAAAGGACAGUGUUUAGUGUGACUCAUGGGGCUGAAAGGAAGAGAGCGUAAAAGACUGAUAAAAAAAGAGGGAUUACAAGGAUUUGUUACCAUUUCUUUUUGUUAUUUAAAUCGCUUGCCUAAGUAAUAGUGUAUGGGCGGUAUUAAGACUCAGGAAGACAGCAGGUGAGCCAUAGGGGAAAUGUGCAGUACGGGUCUGGUAGUCCAUGACCUGGAUUUGCAGCAUAACUUGGUAACUGAUUGUGUAUACAAAUGAAGAGAUGAAUAUGCACGUGUCUUCUGAUCUGCCACAAAGCCGGAUCACUGAAGCGAACACGUUCUGGCUCAGCGGUGGGGCACCUUCAGGAAGCAGCAAUCGUUGGCUGACUGAAGACAGCCAGACGUAUUUUAACUCGCAGGACUGAAGCUCAAACAAUUCACUCCAGGGUGGAAGUGUUAAUGGGAAACACAAAAUGGCCAUCAUCAUCUUUGUUCUUCUCAUCAUCAUUAACUCUCCGCUCACUGCAUUUGAUAUAACAUGCUGACGCUGGUCUCUAGUGUUCGGCCUGACGCACACCGGUGGGAAACACUGUUUAGACAGAUUCUCCCCACGAGGCCGGGAAUGUGCGUCACCUUGGGCCUGCUUCUUAUUCCAGCACCUACCAGCUUCUUUUUUUGUUUUUCUUCUGCACAAACUCAUCCACUUUUUAAUAUCAAUCUCAAUGGACUCCAUUAGUGCAGCACUACUUUGAGCGUGUUAAUUUGUUUUGUCAAAACCUUUGUUUAUCCCAGAUUAAUAUCUCAAUAAACAGAGGAGGGCGGCACUGUGGUAAAUGAUAGUGAUUAUGCUGUAGAAGGUCUGCAGCCCACGCCGUCGGACUGAAUCUCACAUGAAAGGGAGUUGCGCCGCCAUUCAAAGCCCUCUGAUUACAAUAAUAACUCUGUGGGUGCUAAUUUACUGCAGUGAACUCAGUCUCCGCCAUUCUCUUGCGUUUUAGUCUUCAUUUGCAAGUAUUUAGCCAAACUGCCGGCUCCUGCAGGCGGCAGGCUUGACUUGCUUCAGUGGGAAAGACUUUGACAGUGUUGUUGCACCCCUGCAGCUUCAUGUCAGGGGAGUUCUGCUGAAGCAUUGAUCAGACGAUCAUAAAACACCGGGCCCAGCAGGACCACAACGUGUUCACUUGCAGCUGACCCUUUCAACCAGAGGUUUUUUGGCAUACAUCACACCAAGAGGUGAAACAACCUAAAUCUAAAGUGCAGACAUGUACCUGAAUGUUGCAUUUUUGCAGAUCAGAGCUUAUCAGUGUUUAACAUUUUUGAAUGUUAACAGGCUCAUAUGAUCAAGCUGAUGUUUCCUGUUUUCAUUUUUUUCAUAUGAAACUAAUCUGUCAAUAGAAGGAGAGGGUUGGUGUGAGGGAUAUUAGGGCUCUUUAAUGAGUUGUAUCUUAAAUUAAACGAAUGUGAAAGUGAAUCCACUGCCACAUCAGCAUAGUAAAGCGCACAUUUAAGAGUGCCUGUAAAUGCGACAAGGUUUUCCUAAAGACGUUUUUAAAAAGCACUUAUACACUGUAAUAAAGUAGUACUAUUUUGUUAUUGAAUUCUUAUUACACUACCGUGUGAUUACCAUAGAAAGCUUUUGAGGUUGUUGCUAGGAGUAUAUUUGAUUGUGAUGAAGAUCCUUGUCCCGUGUGCCAAAAACAUGUCCAACGAACAUGAGUCAGGACAUCUUGUUGGCACUGAAACUUAAGUUCUUUAUCGCAUUUUCGUGAUCUAGUGGUCCAAAUCCUUCUGAAACAUAUUCAUACGUAUAAAAUCCACAUUCUGCAACUGAGGAGAGGAUUUUUCUGCAGAAAAAAAACCCCAUUUCGUCUUAUUUUUCCCUUAAUUCAGCCAGACUGAGUGGUAGCAGACUGAUCUUAUUUCUUCUUCCGUGCUUGCACUGUUUCUGAGAGUGUGAAAAUGUGCCCACCUGUGCCUGCUUGUGGCUGUUAUAAGCGCCGUCCAUGAUCAAUCCAGGGGCAGCUGCCCCUCAUGCUCUGUGCCUGGUUUGGGUGAGAUGUUCUGAUUCAGCUUGAGGCUGCAUUCAUUUAGCCUUAAGUCAGAUACAACUGUCAAUAUGUUGAUUUUUUUUUUCUUAAAGCCAAGCAGAAAAGGAAACAGUAAAACGUAUGGACACAGGCAGGUAUUAAUUGGAUCCAUGGUCGGUAUUAGAUGUCCCUAAAACCCUUAAAUAUAAGGCCAAGGCUUUUGGGUGUUAGUUGUUAAAAAUAGUAGGUAGGAAGGGAGUAAGUAUCGGCCUAUCCACAGCACCGUCUCUGUGAUUUUUCUUUAACAUUGCUAACUUAUCAAGAACUGCUGAAACAUCUGUAAACUGCUUUGAUCCUGUUCUCGUUUUCUUAUGGGAAUGACAUUUCUUUGGCUUUUUUUUUUUUUUUUUUUCACUCUCACCGUCAUUGCUUUGACAGCUGUCUGGGCCAAAGGGGAUGAUUUUUCCGUGAGUGUUUCCAUCAUUGCAGGUCAGACUGACCUUGUAUCAGCACAUAUUAAUAAAAAAUAUCUGUUGAUUAAAAACUG